GGAAAACAUUGAGACUGCAUUUGUCUUUGAUUUUUUUUCAAGCAUUAAAAAAAAUACAUUUAUAUUGAUUUCUAUUGUAUUAAAAUCAAAAAAUAGAAAGUUAAAAAUCUCACAGAGUAAAAGAAGGAUUUUGAAGUUCUCUUAUUGUAUUAGAAGAUCUUUAUUAUCAGAGCACUUAAUUAAUUAUAUCUGAAAUUCGAACAAAGAAUAAAGGACUUAUUUUCCAAGGUUUUCGAGAAUCUCUAGAAAAAUCAUUCUUAGAUAAAAGAGAGAAGGAAUUUUUCCGUCUAUUAAACAUAGGUCUGUUGAUAAGGGAAACUAAGUAAAAAAACAAUGGUACUUCAGCGUGUAACAUUUUCUUCAAAUUUUUUGACUUCAAUUCUUUGCUUAAUUGAAAUCUUUCCUAUUUGUCCAAUGCAUCAAUAAACACAAUUUAUAUAUUUUAUUGUAAAUAAAUUGAAUUAAGCCUUUUGUUUGUUUUAAAGUCCACCAAUAUGAAAUUAAAUUUUUAUCGAAAAAUAAGAUUUCCAUUGAUGUCUAUUUAUAAAUAAUUUUUAAUUCAUCUACGAAGUAAUAAUCUUAUUACUUUCUAUUUGAAUGUAAGCUUCGACAUUGUCCCUCUGAUAAAUGUUUUUUAUCUAAUUUUAUGGCUUAACCAUAUGCUGCAUAUUUCUUUUUGAAAAUUAAAACUGUUUUAUUAGGAAAUGAAUUGAUUUCUUUUUCUAGCAUUAUCAGAUUUUUUCUACAAAUUCAAUUAUUUCGACUUACAUAUAAAUAGCGUAAUUUUGUACUUGAAGUGAAUUUGGCCUACUUUAAGAUGCUUCAAUAGUACUUUUAGUUACUUUAAACCACUUCAAAAUGUCAUAAUAUAAACGUAAUCGCACAUUCAGGAUAUUGUAAUUAUAGAUCAUUUUGUUCCUGUUAAUCACUCGUAUGACAUAAGAAAUUAAAUAUUCAUCAACUUCAGUUAACUAGAUACUCAAUUGACCAGUCAGACUGUGACUGAUGCAUACGUUUGAAACAAAACUCAAUGUAUAUAAGAGAAAGAUCAAUACAGAUUAUUGUGUUAUAGAAAUAGUUAAAUGAUUAAUUUGAAAAAAAAACAAUAUAAUAACAACAUAGACGAUCGUAGAGGAACAUUGUAUUUCAAAUUGAAAAGUAUUUUAAAUUAUUUCUCUAUACUUUUCGACUUGAAAUACGCCAUUUUUUCUUUGAUUUCAAUCUAGAAAUUAAGAUUAAACGAUAGAAUCAGUCUCGUGGAUUCUUUUUGUACAGAUGAACAGUUAAUGUUGAUAUAUCGUUUGACAGAAGUCUUCAAACUUGAUUAUAAAAAUCAAUUUUACUAUGACGGAGUAGUGGCAAUUUUUGUCCCAUUUUCAUAUUGUAAUUGUGCGUGCUGUGAAUCAAUGACGUUUGACGAAGAGAUCUAUAUUUUUGAAAAGCAGAAAUUUCUCUAAAACUGUGAAAAUGAUAAAAUAAAAAAGACUAAUUGUUUACACAAGUUCAAUAUCUGCAUGAUUAAUUAUUAAAAAUAUUUUUCUUUUUGUUUCAGGUGAAAGGUAUUUAUCUUGAUCGUGAUAUUCUAUUGGAAGAAUUAUCAUCUGAUGUGAAAAUGUAUACAAAUAUUGGUGAUCUUCUUCCAAUAUCGAUUUAUAAUCGACGUGAUAUUAUUCAAAAUAAUAAUUCAUCAAAUGAUCAUUUACGUUUUCUUUUUUAUCAAUUAUUUAUUCAUGAAUAUUGUUUAAAAUCCUUUUCAUUAAAUAAAACAAAUCUUGUUGAAUUAAUUGAAAAUUAUUAUUAUUUAAAUCGACAUGAAUUAAAUCAAAUAAAUGAAUUUGAUAAAGAAUAUAAUUCAACAAAA